AUGCUAGUAAAUGACGAAUCUGAUGCAAAUAGUGAUUUCACUCUGCGGAAUGAUCAGAACACCGGCAAUGACGAUGCCUCGCCUCCCAGUACAAAUCCUCCGUAUUUCUUGAAAGAAUCGGAAGAGAGAAUCGGAGUGAAAAGUGUUCUGCAAAUUCUCAGUGAAUUCAGUAGAUCUAUCGAACUUCCCGAAGGACCAAACUUAGCUUCCAUGGAAGAAGUUUUGAUUGAAGUGGAGAAUACAUAUCGAACUAAGAAAGACAAAAAGAUUCUCACUUCCACAAUUCUCAUGUUGUUGUAUGUGGAGCUAUUCAAAAAUGUAAACUCAGCCACCGCGAUGCCAUCAACAACCGAUGAAUUUCUGAAUCUCGAGAAGUACCUCAAAGGAUUUCUCGAUUCUCUUCGUUACAUCCAGUAG